UUAACCGCUGGUAUGUCGCCAGGUGCUGCGUUGAUGCCAAGCAAGGCACCUUUGACUCUGACACUGACAGCGACUGGCAUAGCAUGAGCUCGCCACCGGACGUUGACUGCCGCAAGUUCAGUGUCAUCUCCUCAGAGGAUUGGUCACAAGAAUGGCGCAAGUUCAAGAAAAGCUUGAUAUACAUGGACAUAACCCGUUUGCCCAUCUACAUCUUGGAGGAGUUGACCGGUUACCUAGGAGGCAGUGACUUGGCUGCGUGUGCUGCCGUCUGCUAUCUGUGGAGGGAAGCAUUCAAUGACAACAUUUUCUGGCGCAGACUGUGUUACCGAGACAUUGUCAGUUACCUGGAGCAGGUGGACUCCAAUGUAAAACCUCUACUGCAGCUGCCCACACAUGACUGUGACACACUCGAGGAGCUGUGUGAGUGGCGUGUUCGUUUCAUGAGACAGGCUCAUGUUAUACGCAACUGGUACAAUGUGAGAUACAAACUACAGACAAUCUACACUUAUGAUUCUACAAUCAAAUACAGUGGUCAUGUGCUGACUGAUUCUGGGGAUCACUGGCUGAUCAUCAGCACUCGCUCUAAAACACAGGUGUGGGAUAUACAGCGUAUAGGCCGCGGUAGUCAACUAUGGGGAGUCAUUUGUAGCAGGAGUGGGAGAGCUCAUGUUGAGGGCAAGUCACAACCUGUUAGAAGUAUUCUCUCCAGCUGAUCUGCUCGCACCUCAGAACAGUCAACUAUGGGGAGUCAUUUGUAGCAGGAGUGGGAGAGCUCAUGUUGAGGGCAAGUCACAACCUGUUAGAAGUAUUCUCUCCAGCUGAUCU